UCACAGUUCCUCUUUGGGAGAACUAAAUAGAAAAAAAAAAGAAAAAGAAACUGCAGCCAAACACCUGAUGAAAGCGUUUCGACCAGCUGAACUGCACCCAGAGCUUUUCGACCCGUUUACCGUUACCACGGUUCACCGCCUUGGCGAUCCUUUGGCGUCUUCCCGGAGCAAACCUUCUUCCGGCAACCCCUCGUCCGAAAAUUGGCACCGGUCUCAGUUCUUCGUCACAUGAACCGCCAGGCGGAUGUGUGACUCUCGGUAAACGUCGGAUACUUUUUGAAAACACAGAUCCAUUUUUUUAAUUGUUUUAUUAUUUCCCAUCAUUACCCAUCCACACUCCUGCCAAUGGUCAGGAUGUCUUCGGUGUCGCGAGGCCACCGCCAGCACUGUUACCUGUGCGAUCUGCCCCGCAUGCCAUGGGCCAUGAUACACGACUUUUCGGAGAUGGUGUGUAGGGGCUGCGUCAACUAUGAGGGGGCGGACCGCAUAGAGAUAGUGAUCGAGAGUGCCCGGCAAUUGAAGAGGGCGCAUAGUUUUCAAGAGAACAAUACAACCCCCAGACAACAGCCUUUCAAGGCAUCACAGAGGGGGCACGAGCCCGUAGGAAUUAAUGGGGCGGCCGCUGGGGCCGAAGGGAUCCUCACACCUCCCCAUAGUGUGCCAGGAACACCUCAUGCCACAGUGUCACGGUCACCCGUACCUGUGGACCGCUACGGUGGUCAAACCGCGCGAGCGAUGUUGGAAUUCAAUGGACAGCGUCUGCAUCCGCCCCACAGAGUUGAAGAAGAUGCCGCUUCAGUACUGAACAGGGGCAGCCCAAGCAGGGCACAUCCCCUUCCGCCGCCUGUGCCGCACCUUCCCAUGGCGGCCAGGCAGAGUACCGGCAAGAGGUCUAAUUCAGAACGUGAUGAAGAAGAGUCCGAACCUAAAAGACACAUGGUAGUCGAAGAACACGGUCGCCCUCCUCUAACACGGGGCGAAUCCCUUCCUUCGGCCGUUAUGGGGGUGCCAUUUGACGCCCGGUACAAGAAAGAACAUGGUAUGGUCGGCAGAGUAUUCUCUUUUGACCAAGCUAGUGCGGCCAGUAUGAAAGCUGCUUUCAGCACAGUGAGCUCCGUUCCAACUUCUGUCACCAGUACAGUAUCUCCCCUCGGCAGUCGCACAGUCAGCCCACCCGAAGGCACGGUGGUCGCGGUACAGUCCAGCGGCCAGACGCCCAUGGCCGCUCUCAUGUCAGUGGCCGACAGCCUACCACCGGGGUCCCCGAGGAACAGCAUCCCUGAGAACGCAGUGAACGGAGGAAGUCGUCCCGGAUCAGCGGCACGCCAUUCGCCCAAUGGGAUAGCUACUGGAAAGAAAAGUGCAUCUUCUAGACCCGGCUCAGGGGUAUCCGCCGAACCAGAGAGCACUACUCAGACAACCACAUCGAGUGGCGCUUCCUCCACUACUACUACCACCACAAGCGGUGACAACGUGGCCACCGCACCACCACUCAAAUGUACUUUAUGUAAUGAAAGGCUGGAAGAUACUCACUUCGUCCAGUGUCCCUCCGUUCCGAACCACAAAUUCUGUUUCCCCUGCUCGCGAGAAAGCAUCAAGAGCCAGGGUGCGGCAAAUGGCAACGAAGUGUAUUGUCCGAGUGGCGAGAAAUGUCCUCUAGCUGGGUCGAGCGUCCCUUGGGCCUUCAUGCAGGGCGAGAUAGCCACCAUCCUGGGGGAGGAGCAGCUGAAGAUCAAAAAGGAAAGGGAAACAUAAGCUGUGGAAAAUGCUUUAGGAUCCAGUUCUCUUGUUGGUGACAGCCUUUCAUGGCUGCCAUGCUGUUAGUGGCAGGGCCCCUUUGCUGCAAUUACUCUUGAUUGGAAAUCCUACAUCCACUUUGUGGUAGGUGACAUCGAGAUGUCUUCUAAUCCGGGGUUUGAUUUACCUGAUGGCUACAUUUGGAAGUUGGUCGUCAUCCCCACCCUCCAUGUUAUGAUAUGGAGGUCUUGAAGUAAAAUCCUCAUAAUUGCUCAUUUCCUGCCGUUUCAUUUAACAGCUUCAAAGUCUGUGUUGUUGUUGUUUAUUUUUUUGUUUGGAAAGAAAAAAAAUAGUGUCUUUUUUUCUCUAUCUCCAAGAAAGUCUGCUUCACUUGUAAAUUCCUUGUACAUAGUGUCUGCCUGUAUUCAUCAUCUACUUGUUGUUUACUUGGAAGAAACCUUUCUCGGUGUCUUUUUAUGAUUUGUUAGUAGUUCAGCCAUCUGCUAAUCAGUGGAGAAUGCAUAUACAAAUUUUAGGCUGAUUUUUCUGGACUAGUUUUUAGGGACCGCUCUUUUUGAAUAAAUUACACAGUGUCUGUAAUUUUUGCUCUGUUAUAUAGAAAAGAUUGUUGUUUGUGCGUGCAUUAAUAAGAUUGUCAUUAGCUUUCUUUGAUAGUUUCAAUUUAGUCUAUGUGUAUCAUGUAUUGAACUGUGACAAUUUUACUUGUUUGUUUUACUAAUGAAUGUUUCUCCUCUUGCCAUUUUUACAACAUUUGUGUACCUUAUACUUUUUCAUCAUCUGUAAAUGGACAUAAAGUGAAUUGAAGCAGACCUCACUUGUGACCAUAUUCAUAAUCUGAAUGUUAGUUCUCAUGUUUAGUAAAAUGCUGGUAUAUGCACACGACACACAUUUAUUAUAGAUGAAAUGUACAUUGAAAAAUUGUUUUUGAAAUUUUGAGUUCCUAGAUGUAAUCCUGAUUUUUGAGAGCGUGCCUCUUUUACCUGUUAUGUUUGCACUAAGGCUUGCUCAUUGAUAUACAAUCCUCUAACGUAGGCAUAGAUUAUUUCAGAGUUUAUGUACAAACUUUUAAGUUUCAAUUCCUAUGCAAGAGCUUUAUUCUCUGUGGAGAUUGUGUUUUAUGAGAUGUUAACCAAUCACUUUUGUUGCUUUGUGUAUUAAAUUGUGUGUCAUUAUAACCUCAAAAAGAGAAUAUUUUUUUGAAUGAAUUCUCUUUGUAUUUGAAAGUGCGCCUGAACAUAAGUGGAAAAAAUAAAGGUCGUGAAUAUGUUUGUACAGAUCAGUUAGGUAUCAUUAGAAAUUUGUAUGUAGACUAUGUAAAAAUUAACAAUUAAGUGAUUUUUUUUUUCUCUUGUUGAACUCUGUGUUACGCGAAAUGUCCCAGUGGCCGUGUUCGCUGCUAGUCGCUGCUUUCAGUGUAAAAUUGAAUGCAUAACAAACACUUCUGUAUUUGUGGUGUUUCAUAACCAUGCUCAUUAGCUGUAUCAUUGGCUUUUACUUGUUUUUGAAUUGUAAAUAAAGAAUUGUCAUUUUUUGA